AUGUCCCACCCAACAACACCACCUAGCACUGCUGGGUACUCUUUUGUUUCUUACCCUACGGAUUACAUCUAUGGCCCGGAUCCCCGUAAUCACGUAGUUUCGCAGCCACAACCGAUCCAAGCAAUUCAGAUGCACCAAAUAGAGCUUCCUGGAAUCCAAACAGGGGCACCAACUUACCAACCCUACUAUCCAUCAAAUAUCGCAUAUGCACAUAUGGCUCCGAUGGGGCAACAAACACCACCAAGUGGCCCAAGCCCUAUGCUCGCCCACUCACAUCUACCACCAAGUCCAAUAAUGCACCAUCCCCAUGGAAACCCUCCCCCAACACCACCGAGCCCAGACCGGUGCAGCGCAGAUACGAAGGUUAUGCGACAUAUCCUGACUGCAAUGACAAAAAUGCAAAGCACUAUGAAGGAUUUGGCCGAGAGACAAGAGCAAAUUCUCGACCGAAUGAGCCUGCUGGAGCAGCGAGUCGGAAGAAUUGAUGACGGCAUCAGCACGCUAUUGCAACAAUCCGAGGUUAUUGUAGAAGAUGGAAAGAACAUCAGGGCUAGAGUUGAUGAUAGUGAUAGUCAAGAUGCAUUCGAAAACAGACUGACAGCCUUGAUGGAUGGGGUUGUAGAGAAACUGAUUGGUGGGAUUGGUGACGAAAUCAAAGACAUCAAACGGCUGGUAAAGGACACCGAGAAAUACGUCCGAGUUGAUCCUUUCAGCUGGAACGGCAAAAUGGCUCUGGGACAACGCUAUCGAGAGGCCAUCAGUUCUGGAGAAGAAGAAACAGAGGUCAAUGUUUGA